UUUUAUACUCUAAUACUUUUAAAAAUAUGUAUCUGUAUUUGAAGACCUUUAAAAAGUAUAUUUUAAAAGACUGUAUUAAGCAAUAAUCAUAGUCUAAAUAAUCUAAGACCGUGUUCACCUAGCAUGCCAUUGGUGUUUUUUAAUAGGGCUACCAAAACUUAGGCAUGCUAAUUUUCUAACCAUCCGAACACCUUUCACCUUAGUAAAUUUAUGCAUUUUAUGUAUGGGGUUGAAGGUUUACAAAUCUAAUGAAUUUGGAUGAUGUAAAUAGAUUAUGUCAUGCAUACUAAUAAUAUGCAUCUAUAAAUAAUGAGUAUACAUCAUCUUUGUACAUAUUAAAUUAUACGCUUUAGGAUUUCCAUAAUAUGUUUUUAACAUUUAUGUAUCGGCCGUCGGAGCGUUUGUAAAUAUUAUGGUAGGCAAAUAUGUCGAAAAAAAAAUAGUUCUGUCAAAGUACAGAAACCCCCCGAAUUGCGCCCCUGCAAAUGGUUUUGAUCGCCAUUGCUCGGAAGUCGAACGGUGCACAAGACGUGAAACAAAAAAUUUAAAAUUGCCGCUGAUUACCUGGAGCAAGUACACGCAAUUAUUUACGACGUUCGUAUAGAUACGCUUUCCACUAUCCUUGGAAAAUCAUCAUACCGCGCGUCCGUUUGUGCGUCCUCCAUCGUAACCACCAUUCCGGAGGUAUAAACAAAUCUCGGGCGACGCCAACAGCCGUUGUCCCCCACUCCGUAUUACCAACUCCCAUCUUCCGUUUGGCCGGCAGCUGCUGUAUGCGUACCCCUCCAUUAUUUGUCGUGUUCCCGUGAUGGAAGGUUCUGCUGCGCCGCGGUGACCACUGACGGCGUCCUAGCGUUCGGCCGGCCAUUUCGAUUCAAGUUCGCAGUGUCCAGAAGACGAGGUUCAAUAAUUGUCCCACGUAAAGGUUCAUGCACAAGUUGUCGUCUUCACAACAACAUGCCACCUCGAAUUAGUCGAUUCGACAGAUUCAUCUGUUCACCGCUAGAAAUAUGCCGCAUUUGCCUACAUGAAUUACGACGAGUGUCCAUCGACGUGUUUGCGCCCGACGAACCACAUCUGCUCCAGCGCGUCAAAGACUACUACCGAGUGGAGAUUACGGGCACUGAUGGCAAAUCUACUUUCUUAUGUGAAAAUUGCGUGCAUAAGAUUGAUAUUUGGCAAGGACACAUUGAAAAAGCUCAAGAAUGUCAAAGUGUAGUGAAUUAUUUAGCAGCUAAAAGAGAAUUGUUUCGCGCUUCCAUGGCUGUGAAAAAACGAGCCUUGUCUGUUCCAUACAAAAAAAGGAAAACAACAUCAAGAAGAUCCAAGAAAAGAAAAAGAACCUCCUCGUUAAUACCUAAGGAUGAAAUUCCAUCAACAUCCAAUGGCAUGAUUCAAUCACCAUUAGAAUCUAUCCAAGAUUUGUCUUCAGCAUCUAUAUGUCAAUCAAUAGAUACUCAAUUUGUAUCAGAUGUUCCAUCCACAUCAAAAUCAACAUCCACGGAAAUUAUCCCAUUUGCAUCCACCUCAGCAGAAUUAAUAUCAUCCAAGUCAACUUCUACAGAAGUUAUCCCGUUUGCAUCAACUUCAGCAGAAUUUAUAUCAUCCAUGUCAACUUCUACAGAAGUUAUCCCGUUUGCAUCAACUUCAGCAGAAGUUAUCCCGAUUGCAUCAACUUCAGCAGAAGUUAUCCCGUUUGCAUCAACUUCAGCAGAAGUUAUCCCGUUUGCAUCAACUUCAGCAGAAGUUAUUCCGUUUGCAUCGUCAUCAUCAAUAGAAAUUGUUUCAUCAUAUGCCGUUAACGAAAUUUCAUCAACAGGAGAUCAUCCAGUCUGGUAUAUAAAAGAAAAUAAAAUAACAGAUCCUGAAUCAGAAGUUUAUGACAAGUUUAAAUCUUUUAAAGCAGAAUGUGUUUGUGUAUUUUGCACUUACCAGCAUGAAGAAGUAUCUCGAAAUGCGUUUAAUCAUAUAUUAUUUUGUUCUAAACAUUCCAAACCUUUUGCCUGUCUUAUAGAAAAUUGUCAUUGUGUAUUUCCCAAUCAAUUGGUCUUUAUUCAACAUUACCGGACUCAUUUGAAUCUCAACAAUUCGACUUUUUUGUGUAAUAAAUGCUUUAGUGUCUUAACUUGUCCGAGAAGAUCAGUUAUGAAUGAACACACUCAUCAAAAUCUAACCGAUUUAUACAAAUGUUGUUCACUUUCUUUCACAACAAUGAAUAAAUUUGUUCUUCAUAAACUUGUAAAUCAUUGUGCUAUAGUUGUCACAAGUCACAACCGAUCGCGUACUCUUCAAAAACAGAAUCUGAAUAUUAAGAAAACAGAACUGGAGGACAUAAAAGUUGGUGGUUUGGAUAUACCUGCCACAGUGUCAUGCAAACAGAUUAUUGAAGACAACGGAAGUUUUAAGUGUUAUUCUUGUCCAACAUAUUUUAACAACAUUCCUGAAUUUAUUGAUCAUACUAAGAUUAAGCAUAAGAAUUUAAUUACAUUAAAAGAUAAAGGAAUACAAUUAUGCCCUCUGUGUGAUGACAGUUAUUUCAAUGAACAAUUUAGUGAGCAUGUUGAAAACUGCACAAAUACCUUGAAAGUUGGUAAAAAGUCAUUGAAUCAUUAUGGCUGUGUUUAUUGCAGAAUAAUUUUCACGGAUGUAUCUUCUAGAGAAUUUCGCAAUCAUUUUCUAUACUGUAAAUCUUUUGUAUUAGUUAUAGUCAAUAAUAAAAUUAAUCAUAAAUGUAGGAAUUGUACUUUUACAAGUACUGACGAUAAUUUAAGUUUAGUACAUGCAAAUUCUAACUGUAUAUACCUCCAAUUGAAAAUGAGAUAUGCAAUGGGACCGAAUGAAAAAAAUAAAGCUAUAGAACGAAAGGAAUUUGUUAAGCAAAAUACAGAGCAACAGGAGGAUUGUACAAACGAUGAAGAAAAUCUCAGUUCUUCAAAAACAGUUUGCAACACAGCUAGACAAAAGCUGCUCAAAUGUUAUAACUUUUUCUGUAAUAACUGCGAAAAUCUUUUCUUUGAUAAAAUUAUCUUUUUCAAGCAUUUGACUGAGACAGGAUCUUGUUGCCGUUUGCUAACUUUAGUCUACUGCCAAAAAUGUCUAACUGAGUUUAACACAAUGGAAGAGUAUCAUGACCAUUUACCUAGUAUGCCAGAAGCAUCACCAAUAUUAUUAACAAUAAAAGAGGAACUGUUAGAACAAAAUGAUGAUGAAUUCGGCGAUCUAUCUAUGCGUGUAGUACAUUCCGAUACAAAUUAUCGUAAUGUGAAAGUUGAAAUAAAUAACGAAACAUUCUAUCAAAAACAAGAACCUAUUGAUGAUGAAUCAAGCUAUGAUAUAGAUACUAUACAAUAUCAAGAAGAGGAACAGGAAGUUUCAAAUAAUCAUUUUAAUAACAGUGUUUAUUCAUGCCCAGAAAUGGAGUUAACCACCAAUGACAUUUACAUGCAAUGUGAAGUUGAAGAAAAACCAGAUUUAAAUAAAUUUUAGAAAAUCCGGAUUAACGUGUGUAUAUCACAUAAUUCCAAUAAAGUUAAAACUAAACAUGUAGUUAGUUUUAUAUCCAAUUUUUUUACUUGAUUGUUAAAAUCCAAUAUUGUUAUUUAUAUUGAUGAUAUAAUUUCUGUAGUUCUUUAACAUGGUAAAUCCUAAUAGUUGUUGACUUAGAAAUUACCUAUUCCAUAUAAUAAUUUUUUUUUUUUUUUGAAAAAAGGAUUAAAUUAGUAAAUUGAUAAUCAUAACUUUAAAUGCAUGUUUAUGAUGUAACUUAUUCAUUUUUUUAAAGUUACACUAGAAUACA